AUGGGUAGGGCGAUGAAGCUGAGCAAUGAGAGUUUGGGCGGUGCUUUCGUCCUGGUGGGCUUCUCUGACCAGCCCCAGCUGGAGAAGUUCCUCUUCAUUGUCGUCCUGAUCUCCUACCUCCUCACCUUGGUGGGCAACACGGCCAUCAUCCUGGUCUCGAGUCUGGACCCCAUGCUUCAAACGCCCAUGUAUUUCUUCCUUACCAAUCUCUCCUUCGUUGAUCUUUGUUUCACCACCAGCAUUGUGCCCCAACUGCUGUGGAAUCUCCAUGGUCCCGAGAAGACCAUCACCGCCAUAGGCUGUGCUAUUCAACUCUAUGUGUCCCUGGCACUGGGAUCGACCGAGUGUGUUCUCCUAGCUGUCAUGGCCUAUGACCGCUACGCAGCUGUUUGCCGUCCGCUUCAUUACGCCACGGUGAUGCACCCACGGCUGUGCCAGGCACUUGCAGGAGUGGCAUGGCUGAGUGGGUUGGGCAACACUCUGAUUCAGGGUACCAUCACCCUUCGGUUACCCCUUUGUGGAAAUCGGAGGAUUUACCAUUUCAUCUGUGAAGUGCCUGCCAUGAUCAAGUUGGCCUGUGUAGACAUUCAUGCCAAUGAGGUUCAGCUCUUCAUGGCCUCCUUGGUGCUUCUUCUCCUGCCCCUGGCACUCAUCCUGGUCUCCUACGGAUAUAUCGCACAGGCGGUGAUGCGAAUCAGAUCCAUGCAAGCCUGGCGUAAAGCCCUGGGAACAUGUGGGUCCCACUUGUUGGUAGUCUCUCUCUUCUACGGGACCAUCACGGCUGUCUACAUCCAACCCAACAGCUCCUAUGCCCACAGUCAGGGGAAGUUUAUAACCCUCUUGUAUACUGUGGUAACUCCUACGCUGAAUCCCCUCAUUUACACUCUGAGAAACAAAGAUGUGCAGGGAGCUCUGAGGAGGCUGGUGUGCAAAGACCAGAGUUUGGGAGACUGA